GAGUUCAUUGCCUGCCAUGACGGCGCAGCACGCUUCCGCAGACCAAUCCUUGCCAUUGUUGGCAGCACUCGCCUGGGGAAGUCCAUGCUUGCAGUGGACAUACUCAAACGCAUUGCGGGCUGUUUGAACUUGCCAAGCUUUUUGGAGAUCACAGUGGAAGACAGCGAGCAGAUGGACUUAGCUGACUUUGACAGAGGCCAGCACGCUGGAGUCAUAUUGGAUGGAGUUGGUGAUGCUUACUUUCUCAAGCGGAAUCGAGAGGUUUUGCAGGGGCGCCCCAAAAUUGUCAAGGGUGCCCGAUCGGCCACCAAUGUUUACAGCUACAAGUACUCCUUUUGUUCCAGGGCAGUGGUUGCAACAUUUGACUUGGGGGCAUCCAACCUGACGGCUUUGAAGUCUGACCACUGGUUGCAAAACCGAAACAAUGUGCAGUUGCUCUGGCUGGAGGCCCCUGUUUACCGUCAGCCAAGCCUCCCGACUCCAGCUGCUGAUGUCUGGAAUGGCUCCGAGGUGACUGAAGCUAGCCUGGCUUUGUGUGUCAGUGUUUGGCGUUCGUUUGCUGACCAGUUUGCAGCGGCUCCUCCGGUGCCUGUGCCAGACCAGGUCAAGGCCCUGGGGAAAAGGCCGAGUGAGGAACAUCUGGCUCAGGAAUUUGCGCUGAAGAGCAGGGCCAGUGUGCAUGUCUUGUUUGGUGUACUCGGAACGGUGGACGAGCGUCAUCGUGGAGUUAUUUUGUGCCAGUCUUCCUGUUUCAUGGACUUCAACGAUCCGGCUCGUCUGCCCUGUCGGCGCCCGGAGAGGGCGCUGUGUGUGAGAGUGUUGAACCGUGUCGCACGCAAGUGUGGCCUGCAACCAGUCGCUGACAAUGCUGCCCGAGCCAAAGUGGAAUCGCUUGCAGCAGAUGUCCUGGCCCGUGACCUUCUUCCUGCCGAUGUGGAGGCAGUGAACAAUAGCAUGCAAAAGUACCAAGCGACUUUUGAAGCAGCAGUGCCAAACCCGGAGGGUCCUCCGCAGCCUUUGGCAAGUCCAACAACCUACAAAUUUCAAGCCGUGCAGUUGACGUACAAUUCUUCAGCAGCUGCGUUUGUGUCCCAGGACUUCGUAGAACUUGAAGCUUUGUUUGAACGGUUCAAAGUCUUUUUGGCUUCUUUGCGAGCUCAUCGCCUCACGUGGAGCCCAACAGGGCAUCUGGGAAGGUUCGACUUCAGUGAUUGGCCACCUUUCCAAGCUUAUGGCGUGGAAGGAUGGUGGUUGGACAACUUGCUGAAGGCCGGGAAGCUUGAGCGGCAUGUCUAUUUGCGUUUGGCGGCCCAGGUGACAGUGGGUUUCCAGAAGCGUUUGGCAGAUUGCCGCGCCGCGGAAAGGUUUGAGCAUGACUUGCGAGUGCAGGAAGCAGUGGAUGCUACCACAGGUGAACUGCAACAAGCCAUUUUGCCCAUGAAGACCUUUGAUGUGGUGGAGGAGUUCAUUGCCUGCCAUGACGGCGCAGCACGCUUCCGCAGACCAAUCCUUGCCAUUGUUGGCGGCACUCGCCUGGGGAAGUCCAUGCUUGCAGUGGACAUACUCAAACGCAUUGCGGGCUGUUUGAACUUGCCAAGCUUUUUGGAGAUCACAGUGGAAGACAGCGAGCAGAUGGACUUAGCUGACUUUGACAGAGGCCAGCACGCUGGAGUCAUAUUGGAUGGAGUUGGUGAUGCUUACUUUCUCAAGCGGAAUCGAGAGGUUUUGCAGGGGCGCCCCAAAAUUGUCAAGGGUGCCCGAUCGGCCACCAAUGUUUACAGCUACAAGUACUCCUUUUGUUCCAGGGCAGUGGUUGCAACAUUUGACUUGGGGGCAUCCAACCUGACAGCUUUGAAGUCUGACCACUGGUUGCAAAACCGAAACAAUGUGCAGUUGCUCUGGCUGGAGGCUCCUGUUUACCGUCAGCCAAGCCUACCGACUCCAGCUGCUGAUGUCUGGAAUGGCUCCGAGGACGGCCGCCGCAAAAGGUUCUUCGUGGAUGGCUCCGGUCGCCAGCAUUAUGAAACGGCAGUGCUUACCUUGGCUCAAGUCGAACUUUUGGCACCAGUUGCGAUCAUGCCGCCGAAAGCUAAAGCUGCCGCCAAAGCUAAGUCGAAGGCGGAGGCAGCCAAGAUGCUGUCAAAAGAAGAUUUGAAGUUGUUGAUCGAAGCGAAAGAGGCGGCUCCUCCGGUGCCUGUGCCAGACCAGGUCAAGGCCCUGGGGAAAAGGCCGAGUGAGGAACAUCUGGCUCAGGAAUUUGCGCUGAAGAGCAGGGCCAGUGUGCAUGUCUUGUUUGGUGUACUCGGAACGGUGGACGAGCGUCAUCGUGGAGUUAUUUUGUGCCAGUCUUCCUGUUUCAUGGACUUCAACGAUCCGGCUCGUCUGCCCUGUCGGCGCCCGGAGAGGGCGCUGUGUGUGAGAGUGUUGAACCGUGUCGCACGCAAGUGUGGCCUGCAACCAGUCGCUGACAAUGCUGCCCGAGCCAAAGUGGAAUCGCUUGCAGCAGAUGUCCUGGCCCGUGACCUUCUUCCUGCCGAUGUGGAGGCAGUGAACAAUAGCAUGCAAAAGUACCAAGCGACUUUUGAAGCAGCAGUGCCAAACCCGGAGGGUCCUCCGCAGCCUUUGGCAAGUCCAACAACCUACAAAUUUCAAGCCGUGCAGUUGACGUACAAUUCUUCAGCAGCUGCGUUUGUGUCCCAGGACUUCGUAGAACUUGAAGCUUUGUUUGAACGGUUCAAAGUCUUUUUGGCUUCUUUGCGAGCAUCUUUGUCUGUGAUUGGCGUCUCUGCCACCAUGGAGCGGGCAUCACCUGAGCGAGUUCAUUUGCAUGCCUACUUGCAUCUGUCCAAGCCAUUCCACCGUCGUGGGGCUGACGCCUUGGACAUGUUCAAGUUUGAAGGCUCAUCGCCUCACGUGGAGCCCAACAGGGCAUCUGGGAAGGCCUACAUUGGUGCUGUGCG